AUGCCAACUUCUGAGGACGGCUCUCCGCCUCGCUCUCCUGGGCCUGGCCCACGUGAACCCGCCACCGAGAGUCCUCGUGAUAAAGAAAGAGAUCAUCGAGAGGACCGUGGGGCUGAUGGUGAUGGAGAGGACCGACCUCGAGACGAUAGUCAAAAUGGUGGUCAUGCGGGUGGACCUCGAGAUGGAGAAAAUCGGGGAAGGCGUGGUAACCGUCCGGACCGAUCUCGAGAUGACCGUGAUCGUGAAGGGUCGCGUCGACAUGGUGGCGACCGUGAAAAGUCUCGCUCUAAUGAUGCUGACCAUGAGGAUCCACGUCGUGAUAAAGAGGACCGCGAGGACCGUCGCCGUGAUGAAGGGGACCGUGAGGACCGUCGCCGUGAUGAAGGGGACCGUGAGGACCGUCGUCGUGAUGAGGGUGACCGUGAGGAGCGUCGUCGUGAUGAGGGUGACCGUGAGGAGCGUCGUAGUGAUGAGGGGGACCGUGAGGUGCGCCGUAGAGAUGAAGGUCGCCGUGAUGAUGGAGGAGAUAUCCCGCGUCGUGGCAUGGGCAGAGACCAUCAUCAUCUCAAGUUUCGGCAGCAACGUCGAAGGGGCUCUCCAAGUCAUUCCCGCUCACGAAGCCGUCCAAGGCAUUCGAGGAGGGAAAGUAGUCGGUCACCUCCGAUGGCCCAUGGUCGGGAGGGCAGGACCAAGCGAUCGAGGGAUGAGGAGGAAUACCUCAGGUCACGGAAGAGGGGUAAGGAAGAGGACCUGAGGCGGGAGCAUCAACACCAGAGUCGGUCUAGAGCGUCUCGGACGGUCCUUAUAGCGCAGUUGGGCAUGGAUGUAUCCGACCGCACUGUGUACCUCCUCAUGAGCAAGAUGGCUGGGAAAGUGAGAGAUGUUCAGAUCAUUCGAGAUGGCCGCUCUCAGAGGUCUAAGGGUAUCGCUUAUGUAGAAUUCGAGGAGCAGGAGAGUGCUAUGAAGGCCCUCGGUAUAGAGCCUACCUCCUUAUGGACCAAGCUGGGCCAUGGGGCUAACAUACAGCCUAGUCAGGCCGAGAAGAACCUCAACUCGACUCAGGCCGUUCUGAAUCCUUCCGGCGAGAGGGUCAACGAAUGCAGGCUCUACGUCGGUGGGAGUGCGAACCUUGUGGCCGACCUCAGUGAGGACGACCUACGAGCCCUGUUCCAACCAUUUGGUCCACUCGACUUCGUCGACCGCCAUCCUCGAAAUCAGGGAGAAGGAGGAACGUAUGCCUUCGUGCAGUAUGGGGAUUCCGAUCAUGCUAGGAGCGCCCUUAAGGGCCUCAGUGGGAUGAUGAUAGGAGGCAAGGAGCUGAAGGUUGGUAUGGCGACAUCGGCUGCAUCGGCAGGAUUGGCGUCCUCGGUGGUCGUGGGCCCAAACACUGAUCUUGACCUUGUGGAAGAUAACGAGGAGGGUCCAUCAACUCACACGGGCCUCCUCAAGGACAACCUCUCCCGAGCUAGGCUCAUGCGGGCCAUGGUCCGAGAGCCCAUAUCUGAAGGCAGUUCUCUCCUCAUGAAGUCUGCUAGCCGACUCCCGGCCUCUAACUUGGCUUCAGCGGCCUCAGGGGCGGCCACGGGGACCGGCAGUCGAGUGUUGAUCCUGCGGAACCUCUGGGCUGCGGGGGAUCAGCUAAUGCAUGAGGGAGGACCUGAGAAGUUCUUCAAGGAGAUCACCAACGACGUGAAGUCUGAGGCUGUCCGGUUUGGCACGAUAGUAGGAUGUUGGCUCGACGAGGCUUCUGAGAAUGGGGACUGUUGGUUGAGAUUCACCACGGGCUCUGCUGCGGCUAAGUGUGCCCUUGGCCUCAAUCGACGGUGGUUCGCAGGCAGGCAGCUGGUGGCAGUCGUUGUAUCAGAGGACAAGUGGGACACCGGCCUCUGAGAUUGACACAUACCACAACAACACCAACGAUGAUCGAACUUCGUCAAACUACACUGUAUCAAGUAUCGU